UUUAAAAUCAAAAAAGCAAAGCUAUAUUUUUUUUUAUAGCUGUAUUUUCCUUUUUAACUUAUAGUUAUUAGAUUCGAUCUUGUUCAAUUCUAUUCAUAAUAAAAGUUAAUCUAAAUUAGGACAUAUUAGCAACUUGUAUAAUUUUCUUCUUAAUAGUUAUUGCGAGUAUGAAAUAAUAUAAAUCUAUAAACGAUUAGGCUGAAAAAGAAAGAACUGAAUGACACUAAGUGACGGGUCGAACGUGGUUAAAUGAUUGGUAGAAUAGACAAUCGCCCCCUUCAUACCCGCUGCACCCUUUACUCGCACGUAAUCAUGGCUGCAUAACACAGGGCGCUCAAUAUCGACCAAUUUUCUACUAUAAUAUGUUUUAGGUUAAAAACCUAACCUGUCACAGCCGCAGGGUGUGUCGUUUGUCUCACACUGACAGCUGCAUCCUGAUCAUUCUACCACUUUGCAGCCGAGGAAUGUAGGCGACGAAAGUACGGAUCAGAAUAAUAAUAUAACUAUGAUGAGUGAAGAUCUGCUGCAGCCUGGCCAUGUGGUCAAAGAUCGCUGGAAAGUUGUCAAGAGAAUAGGAGGUGGUGGAUUUGGUGAAAUUUAUGAAGGGGUAGAUUUUAUGACUAGAGAACAGGUUGCAUUGAAGGUAGAAUCAGCACGUCAAUCAAAACAAGUUCUUAAAAUGGAAGUGGCAGUAUUGAAAAAACUUCAGGGUCGAGAACAUGUAUGCAGGUUUAUAGGUUGUGGUCGUAAUGAUCGAUUCAAUUAUGUUGUGAUGCAAUUACAAGGAAAAAAUUUGGCUGAAUUACGACGUGCUCAGCCUCGAGGUGCUUUUUCAUUGUCUACCACUCUACGUUUAGGACUUCAAAUUCUUAAAGCAAUUGAAAGUAUACAUCGUGUAGGCUUUCUUCAUAGAGAUAUUAAACCUUCAAACUUUUCAAUGGGACGACUUCCACAUACCUCGAAGUUGGUUUAUAUGUUAGAUUUUGGUUUGGCUCGUCAAUUUACGACGGGUACUGGUGAAGUUAGACCACCUCGUAGUGCGGCAGGAUUUAGAGGAACCGUCCGGUACGCAUCUGUGAAUGCGCACAAAAAUAAAGAAAUGGGCAGACAUGACGAUUUGUGGUCAUUGUUUUAUAUGCUAGUUGAAUUUGUUAAUGGUCAACUUCCAUGGCGAAAAAUAAAGGAUAAAGAACAGGUUGGUCUUAUGAAAGAAAAGUACGAUCAUCGUUUACUUUUAAAACAUCUUCCAGCGGAUCUUCGUGUAUUUCUGGAACAUAUUCAGAGUUUGGGAUAUGCGGAUAAACCAGAUUAUGCAAUGCUGGCAGGUUUAUUUGAACGUUGCUUGAAACGUAGAGGAGUGAAAGCUACUGAUCCCUAUGAUUGGGAGAAACCAUUUAUAUCGAAUGAAAGUUUACCAACUACUAGAUCUCUACCUAGUAAUCAUCAGGUCGCUAUGCCUCCAGUAUUGACCACAGCAACUACGAUUAAUCAACCACCAACUACACCAAAUGUCGACACAAAUAAUCAAGAAAAUGUUGAACCUGAUAACAGAAAAGAAUUAGAUGCACAAAUGGAUUAUGAAAGUAUAUGUAGAAGAAAUAAACAACGAGGAGUAGAAGGAUCUUCGGUGCCGUUUACAUCAGCUAUCAGCAAUCAUGGUCGAGAUAAAAAUUGUAAUGCGACGAUACCUACGAUGGACAAUACUCAUCAACAAGCUGGACAACAAGCUCAAGAUUCACCUAAAAAGAGGCGUGCAGUUUCAAUGGCAGCAGAACCACAAACAGGGGUGGUAGACAAUGAAGAAGAUGCAUUAAUGGCUUCCGCUCGUUCCGCUUCAGAAGUUCCUCGCAAUAAAGUUGGAGUCAAUGCUGCAGCACCAUUAAGGAAAUCUGCAAGUGGUGCAACAUUUGCUAGAUUACGAGUCACACCUGCAGUUGAAACAGCACCUGGCGAACCUCCCAGUCCUCGAGUACAAACUGAAGUUGAUGCUUCUUACUGUUCCUAUGAUGUUACCAAUCCAAAAUAUGUUGGCAAUCAGAGUCCUGUUACGGAACAGAGAGAACCAUUAAAAAGAGAACCACGAAGAAGAACAGAAGGACGUCAACAGACAAGAACUAAUCGUGCUGCAAUAAGAGACUAUUCCAUUACUCAAUUUGCACAGAUAGAUGAUGAUAAUGUAUCAGCAUUACAACAAGUAACUAAAGGUGGUGGUGGUUUGACACUAGCUUCUCAAUGGAAAUCACAAUUCGAUGAUUCUGAAGAGACUGAUAAUGAAUGGAAAGGAGAAAAUUUACAAAGUCCCGAACAUAAAGGAAUUACUAUGCCAGUUAUGGUUCCACAGUCAACAGUUGGUAGUGAUGCUGUAACUAUCGCAACUUCAGUGCCUGCAUCUAUUGAUGCGAAAACGACAGUAAUUCAAUCAACUAUGUCGAUCGCGCCUCAACAUUCGAUAAUACCAACUGCUCUCUCUCGAAUAAGUGAAGAUUCUACAAAGCCUACAGUUCCUCACAGAUGUUUAAACAUUGCUGGUAUUGAAAAAUAUCCAGAUCUCCAAGGUGCACUUCCUCGCGCUUGGAGCGUUCCUGCAUUGGCACCGCAUGUUCGAGCUUAUCUCGAAGCUCCAUUGGUUCAACAAGCUGCAUUCGAUGAUCUAUUAUAUGAAGUCGAUGUCAUGAGAAAUAUAGCAACACGUUAUGAUGAACCAAGACAAAGUCCUCCGUUACGAAGGGCAAGCGUUCCAGCAGUUGCUUUUUCUCCACCCAACACAAUACCUAGUACACCUGGAGGAGAAGAAGAAGAAGAAGCAGUAGCAGGAAGACUGGAAAUUAGAGUAGUGGAUGCAACAGGUGGUGCAACUGUUGUACAAACAACUGCAGAUAGAGAACCAUUACAAAGAAAAAUGACAAACGGUACAGUAGAUAGCCCAGCUAGUCCAAAACCAGAAAGAGAAGAAUCAUCGAUAUUCGAUACUGCUGAAAAUCGAGCAUCUAUUGAUGAUGUUAUGCAUAAGGAAAACAGCACUAUCACUGCCUCGACAACCAUACCGAAUAUAUUACCACUUCGUGAAUAUAAGGAUGAUAAAGAAAAGGAGGCUUCUAAUAGGACUCAUAAUACUGUCAGUAAAAUUCCAAUUCCGGUUAAAAGUCCUAGAUGUUCGUUAUCGGAGUCAACUCCAGAAACGAAUACACAAAAUAUCCGGAGUGGUGUGGGGAAUGAAAUAGAAAAAUCAUCUACACCUGUGGCUAUAACCAGGGAAAAAGAUGCUACUGUCAAAGGCAAACGCUUGACAGUGGAGGUAUUGCGACGCUGCUUGGCAUUACCUGAUGAAUCAUCGAUCUUUUCAUCUUUAACGGCUAAUUCGACAGAAGAUGAAAAUUUAACUGGAUGUACUCCUGCGUUACGUCGUCGAAGACAAAGCGAAAAAUAUGUGACCGAUGCCAGUCAACUAAACUUGCGAUUUCAAAGACCGCAACGCAGGAUCAGAUCUCAUUCUGAAGUGUUAUCUAAAUUUUCUCCUAGAGGAGUACCUUCGCAUCUUUUGGCAGAAACGGCUAAACGAACUGACGAAAGUAGCGAUAAUGAUUCUGAUAAUAGUGGUCCACCAAAUGCUCAACCUCCACCACCACCUACAUCUUUGCCACCACAUGUUGCAGAAAAUAAUGCUAGAUGUCGUAGGUUUCGACCUAUAUCAGAUGGGACAAUAAUCAGUAAAGAAUGGUGAGAUACAACAUCAAAGACGAAUUCAAGUAUUUGUUUGUAUCAACAAUUAACAGACAUUUGCGAUCUAUUCAUUUGGAUGUAUGGAAUCCUUCUUUACGCGUGAGAGAAGACAAGAAAGUAAUAUUAAUUACAAUGAUUUAAUUCAAAAUGUCACAUACAGUUUGUUAACUUUUCUGUGUAGGGAAAGCAUAAAAAAUCUUAUAUGAGAAACUAUUGCUUUCUUAGAUAAAGCAAUUUUGGUAAAGUGCUAAACAUUACAGCAAAAUGAAUAUGAGUCGAAGAAAUAUAAUGGAAUCUGCAUGACAAGUGAGUUAGAAAUUCUUCUAGAUCAAACUAUUCACAAUUGUGUAUUUGAUUCAGCUGUAAGACUCUGUUAAAAAUAUUAUAUGAAUUGGUGGUGCUUCAAAGAAUGUACUUCCUAGUCUAGAAAGGUAUGUGACGAUAUGAUAAAACUCAUUGAAUAAUUAUCAUCAUUAAGACAGAAUUGAAAAUAGAAACGGAUUUUUCAUAAGAAAAAAAAAAGAAAUACUUUUAUUUGAAAUGACUAUCUCUCUCUUUUCUCAUUCAUUGCUCUCUAAUUAUUAUUCCAUUAUCAUUAUCAUCAUCAUCAAUACCAUUAUCAUUAUCAUUAUCUUCUUUUUCUUCUUCUACUUAUUAUUAUUCCUUAUCUUACUCGUCUUCCCUUUUUCAUUUUUUCAUAGUUUCUUCCACAGAAGGUUCCUUAUUUUCUAAAUAUUCCAAUCUUACUAUUUUUUGCUCUUUAGAAAAAACUAUAUUAUGAAAUUUUAUUUUUUCAAUAUAAACAAAGAUUGUGACUGUUAUAUUAAUUAUGGUGAAAAUGAAGAUUCAUAUAUAUGGACAAAUUAUUGAAAAUAUUUUUUUUACAUUAUUUUACCAUUGAGCAAUUUAUUUAUUGAGUUAUUUUACAAUUAAAUAAAAAUUUUUCUAGUAUUUUUCUUAUAAAAACAAUAUAUAAUAAUUAGAAUUAAUAUUAAAAAUAUAAAAUGAUAUGAACUAUUAUACCAUAUUUAUUUUAAAUAGCAGUUUUAUAUGAAUUUUUUUUAAUUAUAUCAUAAUAACGGUAUUCUUUGAAAAGCCACCAUUACAAUUAAUAAAAGUUAGUAAAAAAACAAUUGUUAACGUAAAAAUAACAAUGAUAAUUGUUAACAUAAAAGUUCUUGAGCAAAUGUAUAUCUCAUCCGAAUUAUCUUUUUAUGGUAUGUAACGUAUUAGCGAUUUGCUUAUACUAAAGCUGUCGCAAGAGAUAGUUAAAUUCAGUUAAGAGAUCACGAUUUACCACUUGUCAAUAUAAGGAAGCCUUCGAUUGGACAUUUUUCAUUUUAUCAUCAAGAUUUAAGCGAUGAAAAAACAUGUACGAAUGAAUAAUUCACUCAGAAGAGAAUGUGUAGUUAGAUUACAUAUAAUCACGCGUAUUUGUCUUGCACUUCCCAAUAACGCGAUUUUUCCAAACAGUUAUAAAUCCGCAAUCGAAACAAACAUAGUGAUGCGUAAAACUAGUCAAGUAGAAUCCUUUAGCAUUCUAUUAAUGAAACCAAAUUUGCGUAUAGAAUUAUAAAUAUUAUACUUGUACAAAAUAGUUUAGGAUUUAUUUUGUGCAAUGAUCGAAAUAACGUUAAAGAUACGAUACGAUAGAUAGCUUUAAGUUGACGUCGCGGAAGUCGUUUCGCGGUAUGAAAACAGGUGUGCAGUAUGCGCGAGUAAAAACUACGAAACUAUCGUAGAAUAAAAUGAGAAAUGGAGUGAUGCGAGUCUAUACGAGUGCUUAUUAAUUGUAUACGUAUAAAUCGCGAAUGCGAUACGUAUGUUAUUACAUUUGUCCGUGCGCUCGUGUUUUGAAAUUUAAAACAAAUUUAUCCGAAAUUUUUUGUGAAAAUGUACGUAACUUCACAAUAGGAAUGAGCCAGCGAUGAAUAUACUUUGUAAAUCGGUAAUGAAUCUGUAAUCAAAGAUCAAGUGUAUGUUUGAAUGUAAACAAACACGCAUAAUACAGCUGGAUGUAUCUCUAAUCUAGUAUAUUUGAAUGUAUCUUCAAUCUAUAAUGAAAAAAUAUCGUAAGUUACUUAUAUUAUCAUAAUUCACCUUUGCACUCUUAGAACAAUAAAGAAACAGUGUUUUGUUUUUAAAAGUACAUAAAAUUUAUCAUUGAUGGAUUAUUUAAGCGAAAGCAAAUUCGAUUGAAAUUCAAAAAACUGUAAAGCACAUUUAAAAAAUAUAAAUCUCGCGCAUAACUGUUACACUCAUUUUUUCCAUAUAAAAAAAAACAUUUUCCAUAGAUGUCAACAUAUUCUUUGAUUUACUUUGUAAGUUUUAAUGGAUUAUAAGGAGAAAUAAAUGACAUGUAAUAAAAUUA